AGAUGAAUUCCCUCUGCUGACAACCAAGCGUGUGUUCUGGAAGGGUGUUCUGGAGGAGUUGCUGUGGUUUAUCAAGGGAUCCACCAAUGCUAAAGAACUCUCCUCCAAGGGAGUGAAGAUCUGGGAUGCCAAUGGGUCCUGAGACUUCUUGGAUGGCCUGGGGUUCUCGACCCGAGAAGAAGGAGAUUUAGGCCCAGUCUAUGGCUUUCAGUGGAGACAUUUUGGGGCUGAAUAUAAAGAUAUGAAUUCAGAUUACUCAGGCCAAGGAGUAGACCAGCUGCAAAAGGUUAUUGACACAAUCAAAACCAACCCCGAUGACAGAAGAAUCAUCAUGUGUGCUUGGAAUCCAAGAGACCUUCCUCAGAUGGCGCUGCCUCCUUGCCACGCCCUCUGCCAGUUCUAUGUGGUGAACGGUGAGCUGUCCUGCCAGCUGUACCAGAGGUCAGGUGACAUGGGCCUGGGGGUGCCUUUCAACAUCGCCAGCUACGCCUUGCUCACCUACAUGAUCGCACACAUCACAGGCCUGAAGCCAGGUGACUUUGUACAUACGUUGGGAGAUGCACAUAUUUACCUGAAUCAUGUUGAACCCCUGAAAGUUCAGCUCCAGCGAGAACCAAGACCCUUCCCCAAGCUCAAUAUUCUGCGGAAAGUUGAGACCAUUGAUGAUUUCAAAGCUGAAGACUUCCAGAUUGAAGGAUACAACCCUCACCCAACUAUUAAAAUGGAAAUGGCUGUCUAGAGUGCAUAAGGAGGUGUGUUGGCUAUUAGGGAGGGGAUGGACUGGAGGCCCAGGGGAAAGCGUCCUUUUUGCUAUAAAGGAAAAGGGAACUAUUAGGUCAAAACGCUCUUGGUUACCUACGAGUUACUCUUCAUUUAAAACGGCUCCUCUGAAGCAUGUUGCCAGUAACAAUUACAUUAGUGUCAGUCUUUUGGUAAUGAAAAGUGCUGAGCUUGUGACUAGUGUUAGGAGAGUGAAAAUCGAUGUGCUCAGUGGAUUUCAGAAACCCUCUUAAACUAUUCCCCUAAACUUGAGUGAGCGGCAUGAUACCCGUUAAAGUUGUUUUAUAUAUUGCUAAAAUAAGGCCCUGUUCUGCAUUUGUCCAUGUGGUUUUGUGGCUUUUUAAAGUCUUUUCUUGUCAUUUAUCUGCCCAGUUCUUGCUUAAACUAAUUGGACUUAGCUAAUAAGCACUUAUAAACAAACAUUUGCUAUUCUGGUUUGGAUGAUGCUGAUGGAGUUAAAAAUAUAGUCUUUAUUAUAGAAA